GAAAGUUAAACAAAAUGAUACAAUAUAAUUAUUCUGAUACGGGCACCCGUGUGCUUACAAGUUAACAUUUUGUAAAUAUUGUAUACCUCAACAGUUGUUAAUAAAAUAAACACCUAAUUUUGACAUCGUAAAUUUUCAGAAGAUAAUAAUAUUCUAUAUCGGCAGCGCCAUAUCGAUGCUUGUUUUUUUGUAGUUCUCUCGUUAAUAACUAUGAUUUCUUACAACGUUUUUAUAACACUAUCGUUAGUGACAGUGAUAUCUAUUAUAAACUUUAGUGAUGCUGAAAAUGAAGAAGCUUUAAAGGGGUCUCAGUUUGGUAAUAAAUCUGAGGAGUUUAUAAACAGUGAGCAAAUUUUACGAGGUUGGAAACCAAUCAACGACGAUAUUUACAUAAGGUUUUUCAAUGAUAUCAAACAACAAAAAUGUGAUAAGCUUGAUCCUCCAAAAUCUCCAUACCAAUAUUGUUCUGACCUCGACGAUUUAAUAAAGGACAAGCUGAUAUCAGAUGCAGUCGCAAAAAAUUUAACCGUCAUAGAAUGGUGUAAACAACAAUUUAAUCCCAGCAUCGAGAAUCAAUAAAUAUACAGUACAUACUAGGCAUUUAGAUAAGUGUUUUCAAUAAAUAAUUGUAUUUAAUUAAUUAUCUUUUAUUGUAUUUUAAAAUGUUUAACAUUGAAAAAAGCCAUUGAAUUAACUCUUGAUGUCUAAUUAAAUAUGUUUAAGUGUAUUCAAAUAUAAUAUAAUAUUUAGAACAAUAGUUAAUCAGCCCUUAUUAUUUUAUUAACAUUAAUUUAUUAAACAAAAGCUUGAUCAUUAUUUAAAAUAUAUAUAUAUAUGUACACAGGUGUGAGAUACAAUAACAUAUCUCGUUUUUUUGUUAACUUAUAAAUAAACGUACCACAAAAUUAAA